AUGGCCAAACUGAAAAGCAGUCGAACUCCAUGCAAAUGUCGUCCAGGAGGUGCUUUAGCUCCUCUCCCUGAAAUCAGUUCACAACCUUCGAAAACAUCUGAAAUGGAGACGCGAACGACAUCUGGACGAGGAUGGUCGGGGUCUUCAGAGUUGUGCAGGGUGACAGCUGAAUACGCCCCAGUUUCGAUUAUCGGACCAAACCGGAAGAACGGAGAUCGGCUGAUUGUCGUUGAUCAGAGCGAUUUUGAGGUUCCCCAUCAGGAUCAAACCGUCGUUGUACCCAUAAUUCAAACGCGGGAGCUAUAUUUUCCUCCUACGAAGUUAUUACGGAGAUGGAAGCGAACACGGGCGUCCAGUGCUCGGUAUACUAUGUGUUUUGAUCUCGACGGGCUCAAAUUUGAUCCCUCUGCUUCUCUAGGAAUCAUCAGUGGUCCUUUCCGGGUCUCGUGGCAAUUGAUAGGCCAACAUUAUCGAGAGUUCAUCAAUCGUUUUGUCGUCAUUAAUACCCCUAGCUACAUUAAUGUACUUUGGAGCGCAAUUUCCCCCUUUGUACCGGAAAAUGCGAGGAAUCGAGUAGCAAUCACCGGCAAGGAAUGGCGGCAAGAGAUUCUGGAGUUGGCCGAUUGCGACUGCCUCCCUGAACGAUACGGUGGAGAAAUCCCGGAUGAAAAAGUCCUC